AUGGGUGCUGUGAAAGCUGUGUAUGAGAGUGGAGGGAUAAUCGCCUUUGAUGAACUUCGGACAGACUUCAAAAGCCCAAUAGAUCAGUGCAACCCAGUCCACGCAAGAGAGCGGCUAAGGAAUAUUGAGCGUAUUUGCUUUCUCCUGCGAAAGCUGGUGUUGCCGGAGUACUCUAUCCAUAGUCUUUUCUGCAUAAUGUUUUUGUGUGCUCAAGAGUGGCUCACACUGGGGUUAAAUGUUCCUUUGCUUUUUUAUCACUUCUGGAGGUAUUUUCGUUGCCCAGCAGAUAGUUCAGAGCUAGCGUAUGAUCCACCUGCAGUCAUGAAUGCAGAUACUUUGAGUUACUGUCAAAAAGAGGCCUGGUGUAAGCUAGCUUUCUAUCUCCUUUCCUUCUUCUACUAUCUGUACUGCAUGAUCUACACUUUGGUGAGCUCUUAA